AUGAAAGCCUGGAGCUUCCCUACAUACUGUAUCUUUUGGUUUGGUCUCGCUUUUGGCAACUGGAGUCUGGGCUCUGCUAUGAUUGGAAUUGGUCUAAACUGGUGGCAAGCUAUAGUUGUGAUCUUCGUGUCCCAAAUGAUUGCCGCGAUUGCAAUGGCCUUCAACUCCCGCGCCGCCACAACUUACCACCUAGGCUACCCAGCCAUCAGCCGAGUCGUCUUUGGCAUGGUGGGUAGCUACUGUUUUGUUGGCAGUAGAGCCAUUUUAGCUUCGGUCUGGUAUGGCAUUCAGCUUUAUUCUGGUGCAAGCCACGUCGCCAACAUGCUUCGAGCGAUCUUUGGCGACAGUUACAAGAACAUGCCGAAUCAUCUUCCUGCUUCUGCCGGAAUUGCCACGAACAAGAUGAUAGCAUUCUUCAUCUUCUGGCUGAUUCACCUCGGGUUUUGUUUCUUCCGGCCAUAUCAACUUACCGAAUUCUUUUGGUUCAAAGGAUUUAUCAUGGUACCCGCCGUCUUUGGAGUUUUCAUCUACUGCAUGAUUGAAACGGGAGGCCAAAUCAACCACACCCUGCCUCAAGCGAACGCUACUAGCGGCAUGGGAUGGUUUAUCAUUCAAGCAAUUAACACUGGGAUGGGAAACUCUGCCACCCUCAUUACGAAUCAACCCGACAUUUCGCGAUGGAGUAAGACCAAGUCUGCGCCGGGAGUUUCAUCAAUGCUCGUAAAGCCCAUUACCUGCACACUUGCCGCGAGCCUAGGCAUUCUAGCCACAGCUGCAAUCAAUGGGAAAUGGGGCCUCACAUUAUGGAACCCAUGGGACCUUCUUGACGCUAUACAAGACCGUCAUAAUGGUUCAGGCCCCCGGUUUGCCAUUUUUCUUGCUGCCUUUACCUGGACGGUAGGGAUUCUUGGCACCAACAUAGCUGCCAACAUGAUUGCGUUUGGUUCAGAUGUGUCACUUAUUGCGCCUCGUUACAUCGACAUGAAACGAGGCUUUUUUCUCGCCCAGGUGUUAGCUUAUGCGAUCGUGCCAUGGAAGAUCAUGUCGUCGGCCAAGACAUUCACCUCAUUCCUAUCAGGAUAUGGUCUCUUCAUGGCGAGCGUUGCCGCGAUUAUGAUUGCUGACUAUUUCAUUACCACAAGAGGCAACAUCAAGCCAGCCUGGUUAUUUGAUCCAAGGAAAACUAAUAAGUACUACCAUUAUCACCAAGGCUUCAACUUGCAAGCAGUCAUUGCAUAUCUCAUCGGAAUUGCCCUCCCUCUUCCCGGCUUUCUCUCAUCACUGGGUGUGCCUGGAGUUGGAGUGGCCGGCCAACGUCUCUUCUCUCUCGGCUGGCUUCUGUCAUUCUUUGUAUCAUUGAUCUCUUACCCGCUGAUUUGCAAGUUCUGGCCAACUGAAAAUCAGAAGCUUUUCCGCGAGGAAGGGCUGACAUGGGAAGAGUCUUCCAAGACCACAAUUGAAGGCGUGUAUGUCGGAAUUGCUCCGGACGGGGUCAUUCCGGACAUAGAGAAGAUCGUCAAAGAGGAGGCUUAG